CCGUGUGGGGGUGGCAGCGCGCGCCAAUGCCGGGACCUACCCAAGCGCUGUCCCCAAAUGGCGAGAACAACAACGACAUCCUGCAGCAGGAUAACGGGACCAUCAUCCCCUUCAGGAAGCACACGGUGCGCGGGGAGCGCUCCUACAGUUGGGGAAUGGCGGUCAACGUGUAUUCUACCUCUAUAACUCAAGAGACUAUGAGCAGACAUGACAUCAUUGCAUGGGUUAAUGACAUAGUAGCUUUAAACUACACAAAAGUCGAACAACUUUGUUCAGGAGCAGCUUACUGCCAGUUCAUGGACAUGUUGUUCCCAGGGUGCAUUAGCUUGAAGAAAGUAAAAUUUCAGGCAAAGCUGGAGCAUGAAUAUAUUCACAAUUUCAAACUUCUGCAAGCAUCAUUUAAAAGAAUGAAUGUGGAUAAGGUGAUUCCAGUGGAGAAAUUGGUGAAAGGGCGCUUCCAAGACAACUUAGAUUUCAUCCAAUGGUUCAAGAAGUUUUUUGAUGCUAACUAUGAUGGUAAAGAGUAUGAUCCUGUGGAGGCUCGACAAGGACAAGAUGCUCUUCCCCCACCGGAUCCUGGUGAACAGAUCUUUAACUUACCAAAAAAGUCACAUCAUGCAAACUCCCCCACAGCAGGUGCUGCUAAAUCCAGUCCGGCUUCUAAACCAGGGUCCACACCUUCUCGUCCAUCGUCAGCAAAAAAAGCCACGCCAAGCAGCUCAGCAUCCAAAUCAGAUAAAGAUUUGGAAACACAAGUCAUACAACUCAGUGAACAGGUACAUUCAUUAAAACUUGCACUUGAAGGUGUGGAGAAGGAAAGGGAUUUCUACUUUGGAAAAUUAAGGGAGAUUGAACUUCUCUGCCAAGAACAUGGACAAGAAAAUAAUGAUCUUGUCCAAAGGCUAAUGGAAGUUCUUUAUGCUUCAGAAGAACAUGAGAGCCACACAGAUGAGCAUGAAAGCGAGGAGCCAGUUCAUGAACAGCCCCAGCAGCAGGAAGAAUACUGACCCGUCCAACAUCUGUGACAAUUUUCAUUGUGUGGGGACUUUUUUUCUGGAGAAAGGAACGUGUGUGGCCUCAAACUCGAAAUCAGUCACUCCCAGUCUGCCAUUAACAUUUAUGUAUCAUAGUGAGUGCCAGCAAGCCACUGCAUUCUGUACCUAUAUUUUGCCAAGAUGCAUUUGCAGAAGUCUUCUUUCAGUGUUUCUACCUGAGAGGUGGUAGGACUUACCUCACCUACGGUUCCAUCACUGCAACUUCACCACUUGGCUGCUUGAGAUUUGUUCUGCUUUUUAAAAAAUAUAUAUAUUUAUUUUUUCUUUUUGUCUUAAGUAUGAUGCAUUUGUAAUUUGUUCUAAAAUGUUUAUAUUGGCAUCUCUUGUGGCAAGAAGUCCUGUACCACGAGAUGUGUUUGUCACUUGGUGGUGCUUUGGUAUUUUCAAAUAUAUCUGCCUUGGGGCAUAAAUUUGGUCAAAAAAUUGGAACAAAAAGAUAAAUCAGAAGUGAUACUCAAGCUAUAAUGAUGUGUGUGUUUGUAGAGGAAAAAGGCUUAUGUGACUCACAUCUUUCCUACUUUAUCUUCACAAAACAGACGGUCAAAGAAAAAGUUUCUCUAAUAAAGAUUUAAAACCCCCUAAGUGUUUUACACCAAAGCAUGUAAGAAAGCUGCACAAUAGGUUUUCUUUUAGAAGAUACUUAACUGUUUGAAACUCCUCUCAAUUUCCUGACUUUUCCACAGAAGCUUUCCGAGCUUCUUUCUUUUGAAGGGCCUGUAUAUUAGAAAUUCUGUCUGCCUGCAGCUCAGACCUGAUUCAGGAAACAACAAUUCCCUCUCUCCUGCAAUUGCAUCUGCAGAAUGCCUUGUAUUCUGCCUCCUUCUCUUUUCUCCCCCCCCCCCCCCCCCCCCC